GCUUGCUAUGGUGACCCCAGUGUUCCAGCAUUACAUGUUACUCUUCUAGGUGGUGAGUGGGGUUCAUCUGCUGGUGGGUUGUCAACCAUAAACAGAGAGCUUGCUAUUCACCUUUCAAAACAUUCAGCGGUGAAGAUUUCUUUACUAGUCCCAGAGGGAGCUUGCAACUCUGAAGAAAAAAAAGAAGCAGGUGGCUAUGGAAUCACUAUUGUUCAGGCGAAGGAACGUGCAGCAUAUGAUCGUCUUGAUUGGUUGAGCAACCCACCCCAGGACCACUUCAUGGACAUCGUUGUUGGCCAUGGUGUUAAACUUGGUCGGCAAGUACAAUUCAUUAGAGAUUCUGCUCAAUUUUCAAAUUGUAAGUGGGUACAAGUGGUUCACACUGCUCCAGAGGACCUGAGCAGUUUCAAAUCCUACAGUGACCCCAUUUCAAAAGGUGAAACAAAACACGAAUCAGAAGUUGGGCUUUGCAAACUUGCUGAUCUUAUUGUGCCUGUGGGACCCAAACUAAAAGAAGCAUACUCUUCAUAUUUACAGCGAUGCAAGACAGAUCAAGACCUUUUGUCAAUUACUCCAGGCCUUUUUCAAAGGGAGUUUGGGGAUUUAGUGGCAAAACAAAACCCUAAUGAGGAUGGUGAAUUUAAAGUGUUGUUAUUUGGUCGUGGGGAUGAUGAGGACUUUGAACUCAAAGGAUACAACAUUGCUGCUCACGCGUUUACUGAUCAACGGUUGAAUAACAAACCCUAUCGUCUAAUCUUUGUUGGAGCACCUGAAGGAAAGCAAGAAGAAGUUAGAGAAAAACUUCUUCAGCAUGGUAUUGUGGAAGCACAGUUGACUGUUAGAAAAUUUAUACAAAGUAGAGAGAGACUGAAAGAUUUGCUCUGCGAAGCUGACCUUGCCAUAAUGCCAUCAAAAUCAGAGGGAUUUGGUCUUGUCGCACUUGAGGCCUUGUCUUCGGGACUACCCAUUCUUGUAGGCAGUAGGUCAGGAUUUGCCAAAGCAUUAGAGAAUGUUCUUCAUGGCAAUACAUGCAUUGUGAAUUCAGAUGAUCCUGCAGAAUGGGCAAAAGCAAUAGAAGCUGUUCGUUUAAGGCAUGGAAUGAGGCUUCAAGAAAUUAAAUCACUGAGAGCAUCUUAUGGGGAGAAAUACAGUUGGGAGGAGCAAUGUGAAACCCUUGUGAACAGAAUGCGGAGAAUGGGUCAUGGUAAGAGUUACUUGUUAAGUGCUGAUGUAGUAUUCAUGUUGUACCAGACAUCACACUAGUAUAGUUUUCAUGACACAACAUAAUAUGCAAAUGUACGAGUGCAGUGCACUCACAAACACUGAAUGCAUUUUGUUCAUUGAUCACUGCAUUGUCGAGUGUACAUGCAGGUUCUUUAGUUUUCUUUGUAAAUUUACUACACGAACAUAAUCUCAGAAUAUUUAACCGUUUCACUGAUAGCUAGAUAAGUAUGGCCAAGACGUAUAAAAUAAUGUACCUCUUUACAAUCCUUACCUAGUAGAUUCAGUUACUUCCCUUAAGAAAUCUUACACCUUCAAAUCUUUUACGGUGGGGGGAGGCCAUGUAGCCAUAUUUUAACUUAAGUGUUGUUAUUUUUAAACUUCCACUGAAGGAAAACAUACAAAGACAGUCAGUUUUGUGUUGGGAAUUAAGUGACAAACAUGCAAAUUAAAUUGGCUACUUGAAAUUUUGAUAUUUCCUUUAUAAUAAUGUAGCUCAAAGCUUGAUAGAGCUGACUGUUUGACCAUGUAGCUAGGAUNAGAUAAGUAUGGCCAAGACGUAUAAAAUAAUGUACCUCUUUACAAUCCUUACCUAGUAGAUUCAGUUACUUCCCUUAAGAAAUCUUACACCUUCAAAUCUUUUACGGUGGGGGGAGGCCAUGUAGCCAUAUUUUAACUUAAGUGUUGUUAUUUUUAAACUUCCACUGAAGGAAAACAUACAAAGACAGUCAGUUUUGUGUUGGGAAUUAAGUGACAAACAUGCAAAUUAAAUUGGCUACUUGAAAUUUUGAUAUUUCCUUUAUAAUAAUGUAGCUCAAAGCUUGAUAGAGCUGACUGUUUGACCAUGUAGCUAGGAUUAUACCCUUUUGAAAUGUAAUCUUAAAAUGGAUUUAUAGUACUUUAAAAAGUUAUGAUGUUUUUACCAUCAAAUUCACUUCAGUUUUUUUAAUUAUUGCCUCUUGAGCUUAAAUGUUUUGUGCACACCUUUUAAAGUUGUAUUGGAAGUUGUCAAUGCAUGAAAAGAUCGGUAAUGUGUAGAAUAAGGGUCUCCACCACAUUUAAGAGUCACAAUUGUCAGUGUGACCGUCAGAAUUUAUUUUUAGUGUUACAUGGGACAUGGUACUACACGAGUGGUUAUGGGUGGUGGAGAUGUAAAUGGGUUACAAAAACAUAUGUACAUUAUUUUGUAAGAAGCUUGUCGUGUAAUAAACGCUUGUUCUCACACCAGAUGCUUCUGAUAUACCAAAGGAUGUUUCUGUCACUGAAAGGCAGCCCAUUACAAAAACACAUGCUUUAGCUUCUGGAUUCUCAGAAGAGCAAUGUCCAGUUGAUGAACAGCCUAAAACUGAGGAUUCAGUCAGAUUAGGUGGAGAAUCUCCCUCAACUUGCCAUACUCCUAGCAUUUCAGGGCUCACUUCUGACCAAGGUAUGGAAUUGAAUUACAUUGACAAGGUGCCAAACUUUUUUUUGCGUGUUUUAGUGGCUUGUUUUAAUAAACUCUUUAGAAUGUUUUGGCCCAUUUAAAAAGUAACUUUUUUUAUUUUUGUCUCUCCGCUAUUCACCAUUUUCAGAUAGACCACGCACCUUGGUUACUUCCCAAAAUUUUGCAUAACCAUUGUCUUCGAUUUCUCUUGGGACGAGUGUAAUACCCAGGAGAAAUUGAGGGGGUGGGGGGGAUAAACAAGAUGCGUGUAAGAUAUAUGUGAAAGUGGUGAAUAGCUAGAAGAAUGCUCUGUUUAUGUCAAAGCUUUUUCAAACAAUGAGCUGAGGAGCCUCACUGAGUUUCCUUAUACAUUAGAAAAUGUAAAGCUUAUUUUUUCCUUGAAUUGUAAUAAGAAGCAGUAAUUAACUUGCAUCAGGGGCACCCGACGACGGUUUCCUUCUAAAUAUACUGAAAACACUUUUGGGCUAUCCAGAGUACUUUCAGAUAUCUAAAAACGCAUUCUAAGCGGCGCUAUAAAAUUUUUAUCUGUUCGGUCAUCCUUGGGGAACUUGAGUCUUUUCGAAUUACGAGGGAUUCAGUAUUACAUUCAAUUUUACGUAUUACCAAGGAGAGAAUUUUUCUGAUUCCUCUUUCCAUCACAUCCGAAAAUGUUGGGUUUCCUUUUUUCUAUGAAAAAUAGCCAAACCUGGAGAGUGAAAUGUGAAAAAGUAAACCUCAGAAAGUCGUAGGGAAUUUAUUGGUUGAGCUUAGAAAAUUCUACGCGAACGGAGCGGUCGUCUAGAAAUUUUUAGCCGUCCUUAUUACUUAUAAGUAGUAGAAAAUUCUAGGCACUAUUUACUUCUCCGAACAGAUAUUUUACAGAAAACAGUCGUUGGGUGCCCCUGUAAUACGCUUUUAAUCAAUGAUUUUCAGAAGCAGCAAACACUGUUAAGAUGUCAAUCACCCCACGUGAUUUAAGUAGAGAACUGGAGGAUGUCGUGGAUAGAAUGUUAAGACAACAACUUAAAGCGUACUUGGAAUACAAUAAAAGAAACAAGCUUUCUACAGCCAGCGGACUGAGUGACUUCAUUAAACAAGUAGAAAAUACUUACAAGUUUACUUUAAUGUCUGUGGGUGUGGAAUCUUUGGUAAUAAAGGGUCAGUGUCCUGACCUGCAAAGUCUUGAAAGUCUGUGGAAUGAUUAUUGUUCUGGUGUCCUGAAUGAAGCUGCAGAGAGGUUUUCGGUAACUGAUGAUAUGAAGAAAGAAAUCAACUUGGUGACACUCAAAUUAAAGACUAUUAUUGAGGAGGAAGGCUAUUUUACUUGCAAGAAAGCUGUUAUGGAGAAGUCGGGUGAGUUGGUUUAG